UCGAAUUACGUGCCAUUUUAUAAACUUUAAACGUGAACAUUUAAAAUUGAAUUCCUUAUUUAAUUUAGUUUUCGAUUGGUUCCGUAAGCCAGUAAAGUAUGAUAGUAAAACUGGUAGAGUUAGUCUUUCUUACAUAUCUGUGCUGUCCUGGUACAGAUGCACGGUCUGUCAAAUUCGAAGAAAAUUCAAAGCGUUUCAUCUUAGACUGGGCAGCCGCUGCGGCUAGCUUUCUCACUCAUUCAAUUAAUGCAUCCGUCUCAGUGAUCUUUAAGGCGGAAUGUGUCACGUGCAAAUGUACGCAGGCGUGUAGUGCGGAACAGUUUACCCAUUCACUUUUGGGAAUAACUCCAAGUGAGAGAAUAGCCUGUGGUGUCCAGUACUGGGAUUCAAUUGACUGCACAGGUGUGAGUAAAAGCAAUGCAACUAUCCAUCCUAACAUUGUCUCAACGCCUGCUUCAAUUCCGACUACUCCAGGGUGUGAUAAGCUUUGCUCAAUAACCGCAGUUGCUAAAUCACAAUCGCAAAUGAACCAAAAUGCCAAAAUGUGCGCAAAAGGUAAUCGAAAUACCAACGAAGCGCUCCCAAUGACUUGUUGUAGUUUAAACAUAUCUACCACAUGGCAGAAAGGACCUCAGGUGAUGCCUAACUGCUCGUCCAUUCCCCACUACACCCCAGUAGCAGCAUUUAUCAACAAUGUUUAUAUACCUGGAACAUCGGGGAUCUUUGCUGGUUGCUUGACCAAUGGAGAACAAGGAUUUCAAUUGAUAUAUCAGGACUGUUUGAAUACACCAGGACUUUUACAUAUCAGUAAACAACAUAAAGAGAACAAUGAUCCCAGCAUAUUCCACAUCAUACAAUAAAUACAAAUACUGACUGGUGGAACAGCAUUGAUGGUUGGAAUAGCAUUCCUUCGUUUUCGUUAUUAACGCUGUCCAUUUUAGAAUAACUUAUCAAUAUAAUAAAAAAUUGAAUAAGGAAUGA